CAAACCGGUAGUUGACGCGGUAGUUGUUUGCUGAAGCCUGCAGUGACGCAGGUGCAGCCAUGCGGAUCUUCGGGAAGUCCUGGUCUUGCGGGAACUGUGCCGCCAGCGAGCAGAGCCAAGAAGCUGCACCCUCCCCGCAGCAUUACAGCUCCAGCAAGGAGCCAGCGGCGCAUGCGCCACGCCCAAGACUGCAGGAGGCGGCGAUGAAUGCGGCGCGAACCGAGGAGGCCAUCUUUGAAGUCGUGGCCCCCUCCGACGUCGCUGAUCCGGGCUGCGCGGCCCGAGGUGCAAUCAACAUCCAGGUGCAGGAGAGCAGUGCCUAUGUGAAGGUGCUCUGUGUGCUGGGGGCAGUUGCGCUCGUGCUUCUAUCAUCCUUGGGAGCCUUGCUCUCUAUGGCUGACCGGGAGCACACCUUGGAGGUCAUCCUCUCUGCCUGGGUUUGGCUCGUCUUUGCCUGGCUCUACGCCGCGGUGAUUUGCUUCAGCGAGCUGCGGCCGCGGUGCCCGAACUGCACUGAAAGCCACCCGGUGGGAAUCUUUCAGGCGGCGCCUCUGCUGGCGUCCCAGGUGGGCCGCUCCUGCUUUCACUUUGCCGUGGCCUUCCAAUGCCUGCUCUUUCGACCGCUGUUCCUCAGCAUCCCCUGCUGUCUGUGCAUGUGCGCCACUGGCACGCUGCUCCUGGUGGACACCAAGUUCCGCUGUGGGGCCUGCGGUCCCAGCGAGGCUCGCAAUGGCACUCAGAGUCAGAAACCUGUCAUCCAGGUUUUUCGAGCACAGGCUCCAAAGCCGAGCUCCUUUAUGCCGCGCCUGGCGCUGCCCGACCUCAAUGGCCGCUAAACAGUGCGUUGAGAACCGGGCCUGCAUGGGAAUUCGGCCACAAAUCUCACGGUGGGGUUACGUACGGUGGAUGCCCUAAAUAUUGCAAGUAAGGAAC